AUGAUCCCUGCACGCGCAGCCACACCACCUCGGCAUCGCCAACAACGCCCUCUCACUGAGCCGACCACUAAUCCGACCAUUCUUCGCCUAUCACUGCCGAAAAACCAAGUCGCAGAAAAAGGUGAGGCCCUACGAAUGGCUCGAGCUCAACACGGUGCUCAAUUACUGCCUCCCGACCCUUCAAAAUUGGACAAGCCGCCAUUCGAUGGUGCCGAUGCGGUCCCCGAGCCGGGUGCUCCGAACAACAAAGAUGCCGUGACCGAAGACAACACGGACGAGGGCGUCUACGACGGCAAGAAAAAAGAAUUGGAUGUGUGCGAGACGGAAAAGACUGAAGAUUGUGACCCGAAAAAACCGUCAGCCGUCACUCGCGCUGAUCAAGUGUCUCUGGUGGCAGAUACGGCAAGCACAUCGACAAUCUCGAGCCCUUCCGCCCACAGCACCAGCUCAUACGAUGUGUUGAAGGAAUCCAAGAACAAACCCAACCAGCCCACUGACAUUCAAGAGAUUCGCAAUGCCAACAUCAAAGAGCCGUCGAAUCCGAAAGAGGAUACCACCAACUGGCCGUUCCCGUUGAAAAAUGUCGACUACUUCCAUGGCUACAUGCCGAUUGGAAUCGUUCGCCGGCAGCUGGUUGAACAAGGCCAAUUCGUUUCCUACAUCACCAACGUCAACAAGCAAGAGUGCACGGUUGUCUCGGUGUUGCACGACAAUUUGAUGUGGAACUAUCUGGUGCACAUGACAAAGAAUGGAAGAUACUAUGUGAAUGAUGCAUAUGUGGCGCUGUCGGUUCCGUCGUUGGUGGAUGUGCUGAAGACGACCAAGACAAUGUUGGAGCCGGGUGGACCCGUUUUGGAGAAGCCAGUUCCUCGACCGCCUUGGAUUUGGGAUUCGACGAAGGUGAACCCAGGAAAAGUGAUUGGCAAGGGCGCUUUUGGAGAGGUUUAUGAUGGAACGUUUGGAGACAGCAAGUGCGCGAUCAAAGUCAUGGCCACUCCCGGAGCGACCGAUGGUUCUUCGACGCUUGGCACUGUUCCCUCCACCCCCGAUGGCAAUAACAACAAGAAAAAGAAAUCAAAGACGGAAAAGGGCAAGGAGAAGAAGGUCGAUCCGGCCAUUGGCGACAAAAUGAUGUUCAUCAACGAGGCCGUGUUCUUGGCCACUUUGGAGCACAAAUCGGUGAUCGCGAUGUUUGGACUGGCUUGCCUCGAGAAUCCGAUCAUGAUCGUCAUGGAACUUGCCACCGGCAGCUCUCUUCUGAAAUUCAUGCGGAAAAGUAAGGUGCCGAUUAAACAGAAGCGGAUCUUUGUCCUCCAAAUUCUCUCCGGCAUGGCAUAUCUCGAGAAGAAUUUGCUGAUCCAUCGUGAUUUGGCGGCUCGAAACGUGCUGCUGGACGAUAAGAUGCGAUGCAAGAUCAGUGAUUUUGGCAUCUCGUGCUACACCGACGCCCCUGGCAAGGAGGUCAAAGGGAACAAGCAGUUAAAGCUGGCCAUCCGCUGGCUGUCCCCUGAAGCGAUCGAACAGGGCAUUUUCUCGACCAAAUCUGAUGUGUGGGCAUUUGGUGUGGUGGCCUAUGAGGUGUUUUCGGAUGGAGCCGUCCCCUACAAUCACGUCAAGACACUUCGCGAGGUGAAGGUGGGCAUCGUCUCGGGCAAGGUGAAGCUGCAGCCGACGCCUUGUAUGGGACAACGAGAUUCGGAGAUGAUGGCCAACUGUUUCAUCGAUGAUCGCAGCGCUCGGCCGACGUUUAACGAUUUGAAGAAGCGUUUCAAGCCAAAAUCAUGGGGAUCGCGAGUGUACGAGAUGAAGGACGCGCUGUUGAAGGGAUCCAAGCCAACCACUUCGCUGAUGGAAAAGCCGGGGAAUGGACAGCAGCGGAAUGUGCCCGCCAUCUCCCAGUUCUUCGACAGCGAUCGGAACCGGAAGAAUCGGAAGAAA